AUGACAAGUUGUCCCCGCCGAGUGAGCAGUAUAGAACUCGUGCUGCCACCACAAAAUGCAUACCUCUACCGCGAUAGGCCAUUACCUCAACCUCCAACAACACUCUCCGGGAACACAGCAAAAUCAAGACCAACUCCUAGAUUCAGUGCUUUCCCUCAGACUUCGGGGCCUGGGAAUGAUCCCAAGUCAUUGCCUCUAGAACCGCCUAUAGUGGUGCCCAAGGCGUUGACAAGAAGACGCGCAUCACGUAUGAGCAUAUCGGGGGCUACUUCGUUGCGCGAACGACGAUCUUCUCAGAAGAUCCAGCAGAUCACCGGCCACGACAUCGGCCCUGGUAUUGACUGGACGGCUCCUGCAACCCGGGUACUAUACUCACCGUCCAUCUCGCCAAAAUCGAUCCGAGACGAUUCGUCCAGCGGUUAUAGCAUCGCGUUAGAUGAGCCGAUAUUCGACGACGAGCCUACGCCACUCGCGGAUUACCAGCCAAGAUCUUCUGACAGUAGCAUGCCUCCGCUGGAACCAGACUGCGACAGCGUUUUGAGCAAUCAAAGCUACACGACUCCUGAAUUACCCAAACCCCAUCGAGGGUCUGUUUCACUUCACGUAGCCAAGACAAGACGCUUAAGCAGCGCGGCAUCCACGAUGGCAGCAUUGGAACCAACCCCCAAUCUCGUUGACCCAUUCGAUGAGGAUGUUAACUGGCAAGCCGGGUCCUGUUACAACUAUUUUACCGACCUCGAGACGGCGGACGAGUAUCAUCGGAUUGCCACUAGAUUGGCCAACAACGACAAGCGCCAGUCGGUAUAUGAUGCCUCUUCCCUUACACGUUCUCGCAGUUCGCUCAGCCGGCGCCUCAGUGUUUCAGCGCGCUCACUUUUCACGAGGAGGAAAGAUUCGGUUUUGUCGGCAGACUCUAGUAGAGCAUUACUAACAGCAACCAACCAUCCUACUAAGGGGCCAUACUCACCUUCCAUCCCUCCCUCGGAUGCUGCCAGCGUGAUAUCACCGCCUCGUAGCACGUUCGAGGCCGAUGACGAUGAAGAAGUUGACGACGACGAUGGAAGUAUGAGGGGGGUUAUUAAGGAUUUCCUCAUACGAAGAAGUGAGGAACGCACCUCGGUAGACCUGGGGGUACCCCGUUCUAUGCCACAAGUUUCAGAAGGGCCACAGCAGCACAAGACUUUAUCAAAGACAGGAGUGCAGAUCAAGAUGAUUCCUGAGGAGGAAGUCGGACGUUGA